AUGUCAUGCACGGGCCAGUCUUCGGGCGGCUUCAAGCCCACGAGCCCCACUUUCGUCCGGGUUCGGCCGAAGUUCCGAACUGAUGCGCCCCAAGCUCGGCAAGCCGUCAUAGCAUCCCAUCCUAUACUCGCCAUCUGCUCAGACACUCGCGGCCGCCAAGCCAGUACAGUCAAACAAUACCACCAUCAAUGUGGCUUACGCGGCAUCCCGUGCACCGCUCAGCAGCCAGCAGGGCAGGAUAUUGGGUUGUCGGGGGGCCUGUCAUCCCUGGGAGAAGAGCAGCUGAAGGAGCGGCUCGCCGACAUUGAAACCAACGUGCGUGACAUCUGGGCUAGGCUGAGUUUGGCGGGCGCUUCUCCGUCGCUCACAGGGUUGCUGCCAGGGGCUCCAUCCACGACAUCUAGCGCGGAAAACCAUGUUGGUGCCAAGCUGGAGUCGAUGCUCGAUGUCGGGAACGCGACCCACGCUACCACACCCGACGAGUCUGACAUGGCGGAUAGCGGCUUUGGCUUCCAAGACGCGCCGCUGCUCACCCUAGUGAAGGCGGCAUGCAUGACGGAAGAACUGCAGUUUGAUCCCUCCGAGCCGUCGGCCAGAAGAAAGAAGGCCAGCGACGCCUUCCAUCUGCCCGAGUUUCCGAUGCUGCAGGACGACUAUCUGUUGACGGUGCUUGCGGCGACGGAGCAAUACUGGCCCAUCUGGCCACCCUGGCAGUAUGGCGCGCUACCUCCAACCAUGCGCACUCUCCAGACCGGCGGAGUCAAGUUUGCCGCUCGGUUUCUGUCCAGCAUGGCAAGGUCCAGUAGCCCUUGCAUCGUGGCCAAGGCCUUGCUCUGGCUGUCACUGUGUAUUCAACAGGCGCCAAAAACGCUACAGCUAUCACAGUGUGAUUUAUCACAGGAGGCCCUUCUCUCCUCGUAUAUGCAAACAGCCGACAGCCUGCUAACGUUAGCGGCCGGCACGGGUGAGACGCUGCACGGGAUCGAGGCCCGGGUCAUCCAGCAGAAGCUUUACAUAGACAUGGGCUGGCCGCGCCAGGCCUGGCUCAGCGUCCGCCGCGCCGCCGAUGGGGCGCUGCUCCUGCGUCUUCAUCGCGCUCCAGACCACAAAGGAGGAGGAGGAGGAGGACGCGAGGCAGCCAUCUGGACCGAAAUCUGGCAGCUCGAGACCAGCUUUGCGCUGAUCCUAGGCCUGCCGAGCACCAUCCCCAUACCAACCCCCAGCCUCGGCCCGCCGCUGCAGCGCGACCACGACGACGGCAGCAGCGGCUGCAACAGUCCGCUCCACACGCUCCAGCACAGAAUGUGCAGCCUCGCCGCGUCCGUCGUGGCCAGGAACCAGAGACCGCAGCCGAGCUACCUCGUCACCGUGCAGAUCGGCCACGAACUCGACGGGUGCCGGGCCCUCAUGCCCGACAGCUGGUGGCACGAGCCGCCGCGGCUGGACCAGCCGUUUGCUCAGGUGUACGCCCAGCAGGCGACAAAGGUGCAGUAUUUUCUCAUUGCCAAGCUGCUACACUUGCCUUUUAUGCUCAGCGCCGACGCCGGGUACGAGUACAGCCGCGCAUCGGCCGUCGCCGCGUCGCGGGGCCUGAUAGCCGCCUAUCUCGGCCUGAGGAGCGGCGGCAGGGGCCUGUUUGUUGUGUGUGAGUCGCUCGAUUUUCAGGCCUUUAGUGCCGGCAUCACGCUGCUGAUCCGCCUGCUGUCGCCUGCGUCCGGGGCAAGGCCUGGCGACGACGACAACAGCGGCGAGGAUUGGCCGCUCAUCGAGGCGUUGACUAUGGGCCUGCGACGCACGGCAAGCCUGAUGCGGUGUGGCGUUGCUAGCCAGGCCGCCGAGGUGCUUGGUCUCCUCACGCAGGCCGCGCGGGGCGUCUACGCCGGCCCGGACAGGUACGAAGUCGUCCUGCCGUACUUUGGCAAGAUCACCAUUGCCCUGUCGCGGGGCCCGAAGACGGCAGAUCUGGAAGGAUGGGACGAGUGCUGCCAGCAGCAGCAGCAGCCGGCGCCUCCUCCCUUUGGCACCGUCGAGUUUAGCGCGAACCCCUUCGAUCUCGUCCACUUUUCUGGAGGUCUGGAAGGAGAGCUCGGCGGCGAUUGGUCGUCUAUGGUCGAUGUCGAUAUCGGCUUGACUGGACGCAGACCUUUACCUUUGACAACAACAAUAACCACCUGCCAUGAUAUCCUAUAUUCACGUAACCCUAUCCUAUAG